AUGACUCUAACAAGGAGCACCAUGCUGAUUACUCUUCUCCUUGUUUUGCUCGCCUUUUCAGGCCCAAUCAAAGGAGAAGAUGACUUGGGCGGAGGUGAUGACGGUGACUUGGCCCCUCCUCCUCAUCCAGGGAGCAGUCAUAUGGCUCCUCCACCUCCCCCAUCUCCAAAGAGCCAUCCACCUCCACCUCUAAAGACUGAUUUGGCUCCUCCUCCACCACCUCGAACUCCAAAGAGCAAUACACCUCCACCUCCACCAACACCGACACCGAUACAACCGCCUCCAGGACCCUGUGUGGAAGUGAGGUUGUACAAAGGGCCAUGCGUCAACAUACUUUGCGCGGCCGCUUGUGUCGCGGAGUUGCAUCAGGGUGGCCACUGUCGUGGGAAUAUUUUUUCUGGCGGUUGCUAUUGUUUCUCGUGCUCCGUAGAAAAGUCUAGCCCACGAUCACAUUGA